AUGAUUAACGCUUACAAAAACAACCUAUUAUUUCCUCAAGAAGUUUUUGCAGCUCAAAGCAACCUAGCAAGAGAAACAAUGGGCUACAACACUCUUGAUCAAGGACUAAAAAUAAGACCUUAUAUCGAUGAACAACUCAUAAGCAAAUUGGUCGAAGAAAAACUAAACAAAAUGUGGGGCUGGUUUGUAGGUUUUGGUAAUUUUAUAUCUGGAUUAUUAGGUGUAUUUGUUAUAUGGAAAAUCUUUAUGAUAUGUCUAAACACAACAAUCAACAUGUCAAUCUUAUAUCAAACUUUUGGAUUUAGCUUUAAAGUACUGGCAGGUUUAUUUGCAAGCAUGACACAUUCUUUUAUGCCUAAAUCACAUACUAAAGCUAAACAAAUACACAAAAUAAUGAAAAUGAAAUCCAGCGAGACAUACUUAUUAGACAAUAUUACAGAACAACCUAUAUCACAACCUACACCACAACCUAGACAAAUCUAUCCAUCACUAAAUAUAAAAAACACACAACACCAAGAUCUUAGAAGAUCAUUAUAA